GCUGCCCAGGUUUAAGGCAGGAAAAACAUGUUCAUUUUGAGGGGAGUCUCCUUCCUCCUUAACAUUCCACUUCUCAUGGCCAAUUUCAUUGAUCCCAGGUGCUUUUGGAGAAUACAUUUGAAUGAAGUCAGUGAUGAAGAUUUGGGGAUGACUUGUGCCUUCAUCCUUGCAGCAGUUCAGACGCCUAUUGAGAAAGAUUAUUUCAACCAGACUCUGUAUGUCCUAAAAACAACUAAAAACCACAAAUAUGCUUUGGCAUUGGGGUUUGCAAUGGAUGAAAUCAACAGGAAUCCUGAUCUUUUACCAAAUAUGUCUUUGAUUAUAAAAUAUUCUUUGGGCCGUUGUGAUGGAAGAACUGUAAUACCUAUACCCUAUUUAUUUCAUAAAAAAACCCACAGCCCUAUCCCUAAUUAUUUCUGUGAUGAAGAGAGUAUGUGUCCAUUUCUGCUUACAGGACCCAACUGGGAGGUAUCUUUAGGUUUCUGGAACAACCUGGACAACUUCUUAUCUCCACGUAUCCUUCAUCUUUCCUAUGGACCUUUCAAUUCCAUCUUCAGUGAUGAUGAACAAUAUCCCUAUAUCUAUCAGAUGGCCCCAAAGGACACAUCUCUAGCAUUGGCAAUGGUCUCCUUCAUACUUUACUUCGACUGGAACUGGGUCGGCCUUGUCAUCCCAGAUGAUGAUCAAGGCAAUCAAUUUCUCUCAGAGUUGAAAAAACAGAGUAAAAACAAGAAAAUUUGCUUUGCUUUUGUGAAAAUGAUCUCAGUCGAUGAUGUUUCAUUUGAACGAAAAACUGAAAUGGACUAUAAUCAAAUUGUGAUGUCAUCCACAAAUGUUAUUAUUGUUUAUGGGGAAACAUACAAUUAUAUUGAUUUGAUCUUGAGAAUGUGGGAACCUCCAGUUAUACAGAGAAUAUGGAUCACCACAAAACAAUUGAAUUUCCCUACCAGUAAGAGAGACUUAACUCAUGGCACAUUCUAUGGGACGUUUACUUUUCUACAUCACCAUGGUGAGAUUUCUGGCUUUAAAAAUUUUGUACAGACAUGGUUCCAUCUCAGAAGCAGAGAUUUGCCAGAGUGGAAAUAUUUUAACAAUGAAGCCUCAGCGUCUAACUGUAAAAUACUGGUGAACAGUUCAUUUAAUGCCUCAUUGGAUUGGCUAAUGGAACAGAAGUUUGACAUGGCCUUUAGUGAUGGUAGUCAUAACAUAUACAAUGCUGUAUAUGUAGUAGCCCAUGCACUCCAUGAGAUGAAUCUGCAACAGGUUGAUAAUCAGGCAAUAGACAAUGGGAAAGGAGCCACAUCUCACUGCUUGAAGGUAAACUCCUUUCUGAGAAAGACACACUUCACUAAUCCUUUUGGGGACAAAGUGAUUAUGAAACAGAGAGUAAUACUGCAGGAAGACUAUGACAUUUUUCAUUUUGGAAAUCUUUCACAACACCUUGGGAUUAAGAUGAAGUUAGGAAAGUUCAGCCCGUAUAAUCCACAUGGUCGACAUUUUCACUUAUAUGUAGAGAUGUUUGAAUUGUUCAUAGGAAGUAAAAUGAUGCCAUCCUCUGUGUGCAGUGCAGAUUGUAGUCCUGGAUUCAGAAGACUCUGGAAGGAAGGAAUGGCAGCCUGCUGUUUUGUUUGCAGCCUCUGCCCUGAAAAUGAAAUUUCUAAUGAGACAAAUGAGGAAACAUCUUAG